UGUACCCAAACUACUGUCAACUAGCUGUCCUACUCCCGCCCCUUCUUCUUCUACGAAACCCCCUUUCCCUCAUCAUAUAUUAACUCCGCUCCCUCUCGUCAAAUCAUCAUCGCUAAUUACCAACUAUCUUCAUUCCAAACAAACACUUUCACUUUACUUCGAUGGCGUCGAUCCAGCAACCAAAUUUCCAAGAUUUCUUCCCGCUCAUGGCGGAGAAGCUAGGCGCCGACGGAUUGCUUGCCGAAUUGUGCAACGGUUUCCGGUUAUUGAUGGACUCCGAGAAAGGGGUUAUCACAUUUGACAGUUUGAAGAACAAUUCUGCUUUUUUGGGGCUCCAGGAAUUGUCUGAUGAUGAUCUUUACAGUAUGCUCAAAGAAGGGGAUUUCGACGGAGAUGGCGCUCUGAAUCAGAUGGAGUUUUGUGUCUUAAUGUUCAGAUUGAGCCCAGAGCUGAUGGACCAAUCUCAGCUUCUGUUGGAGGAGGCUCUUCUACAGGAGGAGGCUUUCCAAGAUUUCAACUUUACUUUGUAAUCAUUUUGCUUUCCAAUUCUUUAUACUUUACCAAUUCUUUUGAAGUACUGUAGUUAGUGGAGAUUAUUCCCAUUUACACAGAAACGGACAGAAUAAAUUAAAAGAUUCAUUAUAUA